AAAAAAUCGUAGAUCAUAUAUCAUUAAACUUGAUGAUUAUAUAUAAGCUCCUAUUCCAUGUUUCCUCCUAGUCUCUUGGUUUUAAACUUUUCAUUCCUAAAUUUACAACUCUGUGAAAAUGUGGCCACUAAUAAUUUCAAAACCUCCUCAAAAUAUACCACCCUCAAAAAUGUUGACGAUAUAACUUGUGUCAUGAAACCCCCUUAUGGAAACCCUUGCAUACAUUUAUAUAAUCGGUAAAUAACUUUUAGGUGUUACGGGUAUAUUUGUUUAUCCUAAAAAUGCUAAUUAAACUGCUUGUAUUAAUAACUAUGUAUUUUUAGUAGUAAAUAAAAGUUAUAUCAUUCAUUAAGGCAUAUCAUAUUUUGAAUGUUUUAAAAUAUAUUAAAACUGUUUAUAUUAUUAAAUGUAUAAAAUUUUAAUUUAUUGAUCAUUUUAAAAAUUACUAAGAGUUUUAUAAUAAUACAGAGUUUAUCCCAAAAAGCAAUUGUAUUGAUCACAAAUUCAAAUGAGUGAGAUUCCACCACGUAGCGCUUUAAUCGAUAAUAUUCAUUUGCUGAACAAUGAGUUUUUAAUCAUUAGUCGAUCGCAAGGUAAUUUAUUUUAAAUACGAUAAAAUUUUAAACAAUUCAUAACAAAUUAUCGUUGAAUAUAUAACCAAUUAAAUGUACAAACGGAAACAUCUGGCGCCACGGUAUCGUUAUUUGAUGUAACCGUUACAUUGGACAUGUUUUAUAUAUGUAUGAAACCUAUAUGAAUAUAUAUGCUCAAUUAUUUAAUUUACACAUUUCUUUGUCUACAUUAUAAAUUUAUACAUUAAUGUAAAUGUUCCUUAAAUUGGUGCAGUUUGACUAUUUUCCAGGUGUAACAGAGCGAAAUAGUUGCUACAUUUCAGUAACUCGUUACAACUUCAUUACUUGAGCAUAGCGUGGGCACGCCAUAUUGCUUGAGUCUAGUUACUCCUGAAGUGUGAAGGUUUUCUCUUCGUUCUUACGGGUCUUUUAUAUUAACUUUAUUUUGAGAUUUCUUCAGCAUUUAAAGCCAUAAUGGGCGUAGAAGUUGAACAAAUUAUCCCCGGAGACGGGUCAACGUUCCCAAAAGUAGGCCAGACCGUUGUUGUCCACUACACUGGGACUUUAGAAAAUGGAGUUAAGUUCGACUCAUCAAGAGAUCGUGGCGUCCCAUUUAAGUUUAGGUUAGGCAAAGGUGAAGUGAUCAAAGGUUGGGAUCAAGGAGUAGCUCAGAUGUGCGUUGGUGAGAGAGCAAGGCUUGUAUGCAGCCCAGACUUUGCAUAUGGAUCCCGUGGACACCCUGGAAUAUAUCCUUUUUUUUAUUACAUUUACAGUACAUGUAUAAUAUGUACAAACAGUUUUUUAUUAUAUCUAUAUUUUUAUAAACUUUUUAUAACCGUGAAUGGCCAUAUAUUGGGGCUUGUAACCUGAUAUUAAAAUCUUGAAAAAGAUGAUUUAUUAUAGUAAAGAUACAAUAGUUGACCAUAUUGGUUAGAGAUUCUGUCAGAAAUUAACUGCAAAACCUGUUAUGGAAGGGAUGUCUUUAUUGUUAUUGACAUGUAGAUAAACAUGUUAAUGACUAAUAGAAAAUAUAUAUGUUAAUGAAACAUAGAUUAGUAUGGAUUAUUGAGGAGACUGGCAGGUAGAAAGGAAGUGCUAUCAAAAUUGAAGCCGUGCUUUAACAUAGCUGUGGCUACGGUCUCUGGGAUCCAAAAUUUGUCUAAUUUUUUGACAGGAUUGUUUCGAAUUUUGCCUAUUUUAUGAAGUCUCUAAAAUAUUAAUUUUUAAAAAUAUUUGAAUGGGUGUUGGAUAGAUGUAAAGAUGAAUUCAAACAUAAAUAAUUAUUACAUCUGAUAUUAAGCUAUCGGACGCUGGGGACCUUAACCACAGCUACCGUGUUCAAGACAAAUCAUGCUCAGAAAUAUUUGAAGUAUGUUUAUGAUUUCAACUUCAUGGGGCUUUGAUAAGUUAGGUAUAGCUUCUGUAUUUUUGUUUUUAUUAUGAUGUGUUCUAUUUAUAAUAUAAGAUAUAUUAUAACAUUUUAUUUUUUCAUUUAAUCUAUAUUGUUAUUUUCCUUGACAGCAGAUAUACUAUACCACCUAAUGCCACCCUAAUCUUUGAUGUGGAACUGUUGAAGGUUGAACCUUGAUCUACUUUAUGAACUAAUUUUAUUUACUUAUUUUAUCCUAACCAUCAUGUCUCUAAUGCUGUUAAGGCAUUUUCAAUCUGUCUUUUCUUCUACCUCAUUAUGUUCAUUGUCAUUGUACAUCAAUAAUUAAUUAAAAAAUUAAAUAUACUGGAAUUG